CAGCAGAAGACAGCUGACAGUCCAAGUGGGAGCAUACCAGCGGCCGAAAAGCAACUGGAACUUCAACUGGGUGACAAGAUGACGAGAUCGACCUACAUUUGGGCGCUGGCCGCCUGCCUGAUCGCCUGUGCGAGCGCCAAUUACGGCGGUCCCCAGAGCUAUGGACCCGAAGCCGGUGGCCAUGGCGCUGGCCCCGAUGGCGGUGCCGAUGCCGCUUCAGCGGCCGCAGCUGCUGCCGGUGGUGCCGGUGGAGCUGGUGGCGAGUACGGUGGUGCUGGCGCUGGUGCCGGUGCUCUGGAAUCUGGAGCUGAUGCCGCCGGUGUGGCUCAGGCUGGCCAGAGCAGCUACGGCUCUGACCAGAACAUCCCAUACAAACCGGUGAACACUAAGGGCAACACCCUUACCUCAUCGAUCACCUACCCGCAGAACAAGGGAGAGAUCCUUAUCCAUCGUCCCGCCCCCAUCAUUGUCAAGCGCCCGCCCACCAAGGUGCUGGUCAACCAUCCCCCAUUGGUUGUCAAGCCCGCUCCCGUGGUGCUCCACAAGCCCCCAGCAAUCGUUCUCCGCAAGGUCUACGUCAAGCACCACCCACGUCGCGUCAAGGUUGAGCCCGUGUUCGUCAACGUGGUCAAGCCACCAGCAGAGAAAUACUUUGUGAACGAGAACAAGCAGGGUUACGGACAGGGUGCCCAGUCGCAUGGACAUGGACAUGGUGGUCACGGACACGGUGGACACGGACACGGUGGUCAUGGACACGGUGGACACGGAUCGGGACCUCAUGGUCCUGGACCCCAUGACGGUGGUCGUGCCCUGCCUGCCUACGCUUCCGGAGCUGAUUCCGCCGCCGCCAGUGCUGGCUAUCAGCUGCUCCAGAGCGGCAACCAGGGUCUCUCUGCCCUUGCCAACAUCGCUGGCGAACGUGAGGGUCCCUACGGUCCCGGACCCAGCCAUGGACAUCAGCACUAUAGCGCUGGUCCAGCUGGACAUGGCGGCUAUGCUCCUCCAGCUUAUUAAAAGUUGUGGAGAAGUCACGGAUUGAGUGACUGCUGCGGCUCCGGCAAACCCCUGAAGCGGCUGUCCAGUCACCCUUUUAUCCGGCUGAUUAGUUACUAUGUUUUAAAAAAAAAAGCACAGCCUGAUCUGUCCAACGCCCACUCAUGCACACAAAUCCGCACCCCUAAAAACCACCCACCAAUCCAUUCAACGGCCAAGGGGGCGUGACACUCAGGUUUCUUUGCAAACAAAUAAAAAAAUUUGAAAACAAAAAA